AUGUGUCGCCAAUACUUCACACUCUACGAAUGGUGCCAAUGCGAAGAAGAUGCCGGCAACAGCGUCUGCGCCGCCCACCGCCGGAACGGCUGCCCGGGGGUCAGCGUCGAGACCGUGCACAUGCACUGCUUCUGCAACUCGCAUGCCACGCGUGGCUUCAAGUCCGAGAAGGAGACCCGCAAGAAGGAGGAUAAGGUGCGCCGCCGUUCUCAGGAUUCCCUUGGUGAAAAGGAUUCUUUCGGGCGCCGUUGGUAUCAGUGGUAUCAAUGGCGGGGUCUGCGAUCGCGUUAG